AUGGUUAGAAAAUGUGGUGGGCUUCCACUAGCUAUUUUGAUUUUGGGGGGAAUUCUCGUAACAAAACCUUCGCUGAUAGAGUGGGAGAAGGUGUAUUGGGAUAGUCGAUCAUCCCUAGAUCAAGGUAAGGUUUUGGGAGAAAAUCAACAAAACGAAUUGUUUGACAUAUUAGUUCGAAGUUACAAGGAAUUGCCAAAUCAGUUGAAGCCAUGCUUUCUAUAUUUGGGCAAAUUUAAUGAGGAUGAAUGGAUAGAUGCAGAAACAAUGAUGCAAGUGGCUGAAUCAUAUCUGGGAGAACUGCUACACAGGAGCAUGGCUCAAAUGAUAUUUGAUGAUGAUCUGGAAUCAUCAUUCACAAAGUUCAAAAGUUGUUCUCUUCAUGAUCUUAUGAGAGACCUAACUUUAUCCCUGGCAAAAGUAGAACUUUUUUUCGAAGCAAUUGAUUUUCGAGAAGGGAACAAAUUUCAUCUCUCCAUGUUUGCUUCCACGCGACCGCUUGUAGUCAAUUGUGAUCCUAUAUGUUCCUAUGAGUUUUGUCUCUUGAUAAUGUUAACCUUGGUCGACAAAAGGUUUCAGUUGGUGCUGCCACAGACUCUCAUACUAGAUAGAGGCCUCCGUGGUACCCUUUUCCCAUCAAAGUCAAUUAUACUAUUGGAGAAGUUGGCACAUUUACGAUAUCUGUAUCUUCCGGAAGACUUUUAUGGGGUAAAGAAGAAUGGAAAUUUACGGUACACUGGGUUAAUCAAAUUAGAGACAUUGGAGAAUUUUGAUACUCUGUUUUGUGAGCUAAAAGACUUACCGAAAUUAACCAAUCUUCACAAACUAAGGCUAAAGUUAAAAGAUUAUCAGCACAAACCAGUCUUCACAAACUGCUUAGCAGCACUUGGCCAGUCAUCAACUUCCAGUUUCCGGUACUGGGCCCUUGAUUUUGAGAUGCAUUAUGAAUGGUUAACAAUAGGGUCUUCGAACCUGGCAAAAGACCCGAUGCCAGUACUAGAGAAGAUUCCAAGUUUGAGGUAUUUGUAUUUGUUUUCUGCAUAUGGGGGAAAGAAUAUGAGGUCAAUGGUUAUAGAUCUGACAGUUCAGAACAAGUUGUGUUUUGUUGACCGCAUUGUCCUUAAAUCUGCAAUUGCUGCAACCUAUAAAUCAUUUUCUAGGUGUAAUAGUAUGAUCAUUGGCCGAAUUAUCUCAGCUUUAGAACCACAGAUUACUUCUAGCCUGCAUUCGUCUUAA